ACUAAAAUCGGCUUCAGUGCAUGUUAUUGCAUCGUUUUUAGCUAUCAAAUAUUUAUUUCAUUGUAAAUUAGAGAACAAUAUUAAAGCCUGAAUAAGUUAAUUCUUAGUCUAUAGGUAUAAUAUCACGUUGUGAGAAUAGAAAGGUCUCCGAUGAAGUCAAUGGAUUUUAAAAACAUAUGCCGUAUUUGUCUCGAAUCAAAUAAACAAACUUUCGAUAUUUAUAAUAGUUAUUAUGCUAAAAAAAAGGUUUUAUACUGCGAGAUGUUAUCAAAUUGCACUAAACUAAGACCUUUGGAAAGAGAUGGUCUACCGCGCCUUAUAUGUAAAGAUUGUAGUCGCCAAUUAAAGCGAACAUAUGCCUUUAACAAACAAUGUGAAAACAGUGAAAAAACAUUAAGAUCCUAUUUAAAAAAUCCAUUGUACCACACAUCAGUCAAUGAAAAUCUCAUAGAAAUUAAUAUUGAUGAUAUAAAGACGGAAAAUAUUGAUGUCAAAGAGGAGAAUACAGAAUUAACACUCAAACACAAUCGAGCAACAUUUGAUCUCAAAGAAGAAAAAAUAAAUGAUGAUGGAGAUGAUAGUGGUUGGGACGCUGAUGACGACAAUGUUAUACUCGGACAGAUUAAACAGAAAAAAAGUUUAACGGAAUCACUUGAACACAAUGAUAACAUUAUAGAACCAAGAACGUGGGGUAUAGAACUAGAAAACUCUCGAGUCCUAGAGAAACCAAAAAAAAAUGUAGAUGAUAUAUUGGUUGAAAGAAAAAAAUUAUGCAAAAGUAAAAUCAGGGAAAAAAUAGAGCCCGUGGUGCACCAGUGCGACGUGUGCGGCAAGUGUCUCAGCACCAAGAGCAACCUGAAGGCGCAUAAGAUCUGCCACACCAACCUCCGGCCCUUCCGCUGCGACGACUGUCCCGCCACAUUCAGAGGCUACAGCGCCCUGUUCCAGCACCGCAAGGUGCACUCGGGCGCGCAGUCCUACCACUGCGAGUACUGCUCCAAGCCCUUCCGACGUCGCACGGGACUCAUCAACCACAUCCGCGCACACACAGGAGAAAAGUUGCACAGCUGUACCAUCUGCUUCAAGAACUUCGUGCAGAAGGCGCAGCUGUCGACGCACAUGAAGCGACACAAGGGAGACAAGAGCUACCUCUGCCAGGAGUGCGGGAAAGGUUUCUCCGUAAAGUCCGACUUGACGGUCCACCAACGGACACACAACGGGGAGAAACCCUACGCCUGCCACCUCUGCGAGAAGACCUUCGCGACCUCCGGCAACCUCUCCAUACACGUGCGGAUACACAACAAGGAAGUCAAGUACACGUGCCCCGAGUGCCAGCGCGGCUUCGUGACGUACAGCUCGUACACCGUGCACGUGAAGCGGCACCGCGGCCAGCGCGACUACCGCUGCGACUGCGGCAAGACCUUCUACACGUCGUCCGCGCUCAAGCAGCACCGCGUCGUGCACAGCGGCCUCAAGCGCUACCAGUGCAAGCUGUGCGAGCGCCGCUUCGCGCAGCCCAGCCACCUCACGCGCCACUUCCGGCGCGACCACGCGCCGCCCGACGCGCCGCUGCCGCCCCCCCACCACUUCCGGCGCGUGCUGACCGACGCCGACCUGGCGCCCGCCGCGCUGCGCCCGGACCCGCCCGCGCCCUAGCCGCCACCUACCUCACCCGCUGACUAUUAUUGUUUAUUUAUUGCGACUCGAAUGAUAAAUUAAGUAUUAUAUUAAGAUUUAACAGAGAAUGACUAAAAAAUUUAUACAAUAUUUAAGAGAAA